AAACAAUCAAACAACCAUUGACAAACCACACAGUGGAGACAGGAAGCAACUCUGAUGCCGCAAAUGGAAAAGCAACUUCCUCCACCAUUUCUCUGAUAGCUACUGCUGUCAGCUCUGGAGAUCCCUUCAUGGAAGGCGCCUUGAUGUUGAGGGGCAUAUGAUCCAAGGAAUAGGAGCUACCCUCAUCAAUGAACCACUCCUGCCCCCCCCCCCCCCGCAUUUCCCAGUCGCUGUAUAGCUCGGACGCGUUCAGUGCUUCCUCGUAAAUAAUAAUAUUCCUCAAACAUCUUGGUUUCUUCAGGAUGCCGCUACGACAGAUGACAACCUCAAGCGUAGACGAGAUGGAGGACGCUCACAUGUGUCUCCGUUGCAAAGCUAUCAUCGUCGGCCUCAGCAACUAUGUCACUCACAGGAGGGCAGGAUGUACCACCGCCACUCCCCAGGACACCCAGCCGCACACACAGCAACCACAAACACACACAGCUGGAAAGGCCUUUGAACGAGAGGAAUCAAGGAAAGACGUCGUGCAGUUCUCGGGCAGCAGAAACACCUUUUCACACGACGACAAUAAGUUCUCUAGCCAGGAUGGCUCUCAUGAAAAGCUGAGCCAUCAUGAGGAUAAUUUAGACGGCGCCAAAUAUAUGUCACCGGCCUCGGUGUCAUUAGAAAAUUGCUACAUGAGGCGACCCGUAGAAGAAUCACAGGACCAGUCACUAACCAAAGUGGAAGUGCGACCUGCCGAGGACCCUCCAGUCACCAGAGCAGGAAUAGGGCGCCUUCAUGACUCUUACACAGUCAUGGAAGACCUUACUGGUGUUAUACCACAGUCCCAUGCCGACACUCAGAUAAGCAAUGGUCUUACCUCACUGAAGGCUAAAUCACAAGAUUCUCUCGCCCUGAGUCAUAGACAAAACCCAGCCCAAGUUCCCUUUACUAGUUACAGCGAUCCCCUCUUGCCGCAUGGUCAAGAGCCUUCUAACAUUUCACUCUUUAGACACUUUGACACAUUUAACAAUCCCAAUAAAGUGACACACGAAGGAGAGUCAGAAUCUCACAGCGAAACUAUUGCUCUGUUUAAAGUUGCUUCUACGUCAUAUGAUCUUGAGAGCCAGAAUUUUGAAUCGAGGUAUUCCGAGUUUUAUAACCUUCAGGCCACGCCACAUGAACCACUCUUGACUACAGUUCCAGCGCUAGAACAGUGCAAAGUUAAAAAAGACACACGGAUACUUAAGAAAGUUGAAGAAAUUCUUGAAAAUCGAAGCGGUAAACAGAGGGAUCUAGACAGAGAGAAGGGUAACAACCAAGAGAUAAGAGACGCCGGUGGGGAGUUUAGAGAAGCUAAUCUCAAGUAUAGUGAGCCUCAGCUGUCUCCUGGGAACGAGAACAUUGCUCAGGACAAGCCGGAACUUCGUCAAGACGACUUUCUCUCGUCUCUUGAGCUCAGGAGUAGUGUUAAGGCAACGAGAAAGAGACGCCACGACGAUGACGAAGAGUUUGACGAAGACGAGGACGAUGACAUAGGACCUCCGCAUCACCACACCGGGGGUAAAUGGAGACCAGGAAGCCAACCACCGCCCUCUGUUGGGGGAAAGUGGAGACCAGCUACACCCAAGAACGAACUGGAGGACGAGGUGGAAAUGGAAGAUGAUGAGGCAGAGGAGGAAGAAGAUGCACUAAUGUCACCUCCCCCGACAUACACUAAAGGAAAGUGGCUUCCAGGCAAAAAAAUAACUACCAUUAUAAAAGUUGGGAGGAGUGUAGAGCACCAAUGCGACGUUUGCAACUGGACCCUCAAGAGCAAGGAGACAUGUGAACGUCACGUGAAUUGCGAGCACCAGGUUAUCAACAAUAACAAGGCAUCAGGGAAGAAGGUAAUUAAGACAUCUAAAGAGAUUCCUUCUGCUGCAGUUACCAGCAGACCCGUCAGAUCUAAGAAGCUGGAGGCGAAAGGCUUCUUGAAGUCAACCAUUGCACAGCUGAAGAGCAGAAAAAUUAUAUCUCUUGAUGAAAGUAAGAACAACAAGGCAUUAAACAGAACAUGCGGCAGUAUACGUAAAAAUGCAAAUGCACCUCUUGCUGAUAAGACGUUACUUAAUGUGAAGCAAGAAAUGAAGCAGGAAGUAAACGAGGACGAAGAGGAGGAAGUAAAAAAAGUAUCAUUGGUUACUCCGAAAUUACUAUGUCCCAUUUGUAAACUAUCUUUCGGGGAAGCUUAUGCAGCCCUACACUUCGCCUCACUGGCUCACAUUCAUAACGAGCUAGAGUACAAGCAAAACAGGUGUGAUGAAAUUGAUGCUAAUUUUAAUCAAAUAAUUCUCAGUAACUUUGGCGCUAUUCUAAAAACUUCGCCGUUUUUCUGUAGUGGAUGUAAGUUCUACUGUAACUUGCAAGACGAUUUUUUGGCUCACAUGAAAACUCACGUAGAUGAUCUUGAAGACGAUGAGGUUAAGACCUUUUAUUCUUGUUCUGUCUGUACUGACGAGGAUGAAAUGCGACUACUGGGAGUCCUGCGGCAUCUGCACACACCUCAUCAUUUAGACAAUGCACGGGACACCGUGUUACAGGCGCGUCAAGUAAUAAUAAGCAGCAGGACGGCGGUGGUGUGUCCGCUGGGAGAUGGAACCUUCAGAACCAUGCGGGAGUACCGAACCCAUCGCAGGGUUCAUCACCAAGAACCCGGCUUCCAGCUCAGUCACCAACGACUCCUGCGAUGUCCUCAGUGUUCUUUCAAAGCAUUACGGGAGCGGGAGAUUCGUACGCACAUUAGAGAGGAACACGAGGAUAAAAACUCAAAGAGAAAUUCUUAUCACUGUUUCGUGUGCGGACUCGCCUUUGCUACACAUCGUCAGGCUGAGCUCCACAGACGAUCGGCUGAACACAGGACAACACUGGGACGUCAGCGAGGUCUCUCUGUGGUUAGGACAUGCAGUCUCUGUUACUUAGAGUUAGAGGACCUGCCUGCACUGCGGCGACACAUGUGUCAGGAACACCAGAAGCACUGCACACCUUGUCACUUGUGUGGUGUGGUGCCUCCACUCCGCUCAGACCUGGCACAGCACCAGCGGGUCUGUUGCGGCCUCCCGGCUGACCUGACGGGUGAUCAUAAGUGUGACCUGUGCACCUUUAAGAAUGACUUGUUGGCGCAUGUGCUGGCGCACAAGACGCUUGCACACGGUCAACGUGGAGCCGACGGCCGCCACGCCUGCCAUAUAUGUAAGACCAAGCUACGUUUCUCGUCCGUCAAGGGCCACAUGCUGAGUCACAGCAACGAGUGGCCUCAUGCCUGCCACCUGUGUUCCAGGAAGUUCCCCCAACAAGAGUGGCUGGAGCGUCACCUGUGUGUUGUGCACACCCGUGGUGGUGGUGAUUCCCACACCACCCACGGUCCUGCCCUCUGUGACACUUGUGGCAAGACUCUCUCUAACAGAUGGCACCUGUACCGCCACCAGAUGGAGGUGCACACCCACACCCACCUCUCACCACCUGCCCACAAGGUGCAUACCCAUCUCUCACCGCCUACCCACAAGGCACAGACCCAUCUCUCACCACCUGCCCACAAAGACUCGCAAGGUGACUCGCUUCAGGAAGCAGAGUCCUCUAGCUCUUCCUCCCAACGAAGUCGCAGAAGUAGAAGGCUCCCAAAUGCAACCUCACCUGUCUUAUGUGACGUGUGUGGCGUCCAGUGUGAGAGUGCCAGUGUCCUCAAGGUGCACCGAGGUUCCCACAAACGUAGUGCUGGAGACCAGUACGACUGCCCACACUGUAACUACUCUACCACCCACCUCCCCCACCUCCGCCGCCACCUGCGCCUCCACACCGGAUCCACCCCCUUCUCCUGCCCCUACUGUGCCUAUGUCUGCAAUAAUCAGGAGAACUUGCGGAAGCACAUGUUGAAGACGAAGCGUCACCCUGGUAGGUUUAUGUACGAGUGUCGCCUGUGUGUGGUCAGCCAGGAACCUCCAGCAGGAUACCACGAAGUAUCCAAGACUGUGUGUGUCAUUAGUGAGGAUACUCCUGCAGGCCACCACCACGUCUCCACUUCUCAGAACCUAAACCUUGAGUCCUCUCAGCCUCUAAAUCUUGCUUCAUCUUUACAAACUCUCAGUCAUGUCUCAUCUAACUCUCAAUGUCUGAGUCUUGAUGUAUCUACCUCACAAUCCCUUAAUAUUGACACUACCACAUCUCAGACCUUUUGUCUCGGUUCGUCUGCCUCUCAGUCACUUAAUAUUGGCUCAUCUAAUUCUCCUUCACUAAAUCUUAGCUCAGCUAUCUCUCAAACCCUCAAUCUUUGCUCAUCUACCUCACAAGACCUCAAUAUUAGUUCGUCCACCUCUCAAUGCCUCAAUUCUGAAUCCUCUUCCUCUCAUCCCUUGGAGUCUGGAAACUCUAAAACAGUGAAUCUGUGUGUUCCCAAAUGCUUGAGUAUUGACGAGCCGCAGCCCAUGAGUCAAGAAGUACCACUGUGCUUUAAUGCUAAAGUCCCUAGCACUCUGGAUUCCAAGAUCCCACGAGAGCUCGAGCAUGACGUCUUCAAGAGCAACUACGCCAAGGAGUUUCAGGCACAUCUUCUGGAGAAGCACAGGGGAGCCUUCGAGACCAAGGAAGACGUGACAUCACACAUCCGGAGUUACUACCGUGCUGAGGAUGACGCUACCGUAACUUCAACUCCACUACCCUUCGUGCACAAGCAACGAUACAGACGAGCCUCUUGUGGGCGGGAUCCUAAGAGUGAGCAUCCGGACGAACCUGGUAGUGAAGACACUGAAGAAGGCGACGAAGAUGUCCUCUCACAGAUCAAAGAUUCCUUGGACAUCGGGAUGUAUGUGAGUGGCAACAAGGAUGAACGAGGACCUGAGGGCAGGGAAGCUGCUGAGGAGAAGACUGUUGAGGAGGAAGAUGAGAAGGACAGGGAUGAAGAAGGAAGUGUGGAAAGAUGCGGAGAUCUGCAAGGAGGAGAGGGCAAAGAUGCCACGUGUGGCAGUGUCCGUCUUGACGCAGGUGUGGCAGUUGUUGCUGAUCGUCAGAUACACCCCGUAGCCUCAAGUCGCAGUUCCCGGUCUUACUUACGUCCAGUCAGCCGCCCAUCUAUCCUGAGGCCCACCCACGCCCACGGUGGCACUCACCAUCCACUGAGGAUAAUGAUCCAGCACCUUCCCGAGGGAGGCUCGGAUGAAGGCGAAGAUGACGGCACCAGGCAAGUGAUUCUUAUCUUGCCGGAUAAAGUGGGCGAGCAGCCUGGGGAAGUGGCUGCCCUCUUGCCUUCCUUGGGUCUGACUGCCACCCCUGCCGACUGUGUCUCCAUCGCCACGGUCCAGCCUAAACAUUUUCAGCGUCACCUGCAGCAGCACUCUAGCCAGCAGCUGCAAGCUGCAAGUCGAGUUUUGUCUCAGGAAGAACACAUGGUAGCAAGAACGUCUCACGGGCGACCACAGGACACCAAGAACCCAGUUGAAGCAGCAGUCAUUGUUCAGAGUGACCAGGUGAUAACUCUAGACACCCAGGUGGUGGCGGAUGCUCUAGGAUCAGGAGAGUCGAGGGUGUCAUCCCAGCAUCAGAACGCGGUGGUGUUGUGUUCUCAAACGAAUCAGCUUCAACAGCAACAAGUCCUUCAUGCAACACACGUUUUUAACCCUCUACAAGUUGUCGCAGAAGCUGCAGAAGUGCUGACACAAGGUGAGGAUAUCGUUCGUCAGACUCACAACGUUUUAACACAACAGGUUUUGGCUCACACUUCAGAGGCUCGAGAGAUACUUACUCAAAAUCCGCCUCAAGAAAUUUUGCAUCAACCUCAAAUUACUCAAGAAUCUCUAAGUCAGACUCCCGUUGCUCAAGUCUUAACUCAUCCUCCAGUUGCUCAGGAGAUUCUGACUCAAGCUUCUGAUACUCAGGAAUCUCAGAUUCUGGAGGCCACAAUAUUUGAGUCAGCAGGAGGUGUGCAACAAGCAGGGACCAGCAGAGCUCAGGACCCACCCAUCAUCCUGCAAGAUGCAUCGUUGCAGUUUAUGGGUGAGCGAGUCAUACCUCCAGGGGGUCAACUGAAACGUCACGGUGAUGAAGAAGGCGCUGGCGAAAUCAUAUACUCCUUCACUCUGCAGUAGUCCUUAUACUGACCUGGAAAUUCCCUCAGAGUGAAGUCAAUGGUGUUAGAAAUAUAACACUUAACAGUUCACUAUAUUAAGAGAGUUCCAGUUAAUUAUCAAUUGUAUGUUUUCACAGUGUUAUGCACAUAUACAAUGUGCAAGAUUUCUUCCACAGUGUUCGUACACUGGUUUUAUGUUGAUGUUCGGUUUCCUGCGUAAUUACAUCAUCUCAGUAAGUUACAUGGAUAUACCUUAAUGGUAUAUAAAUGAAUGUAUAUACCGCUAUAUACUUUAAAAUAUUUUUUUCAGAAGUAGUCGCACGACUUCCUUUACUUCCCCCUAUUGAGUGUAUAUGUAUAUACCGACUCUGGUUCUGCAUAUGUGACUAUGAGAAUUAACAUGGCGUGUAUUUUGUUUCUGUCAAACUAGCCUACCGAUCUGACAUCUCUGAUAAAUUAACGUAGCUUAAUCCUACCCAACUUAUCCGGAGUCAACCUACAUUUGAGCCAAAAAAAAAAAUGAAUCCGUAUCGUUACCAUGUUGAUAUAUAUAUGGACCAUUAGAUAUACAGUGUAACGCACUUCAAAUUAUCUUUCUUCUCCCCUCCCCCCUUUUUUUA